CGUUCACUCAGUUUCAUUAUUCACUUUACUUGGAGUUGAUAUCCGUUUCGUCAGGAGACACGCCAAGUUGAUCAAACUGGAUUUUGUUAAAGGACAAAUAUAGGCCGGAUUUUUUGGAUUUUACAGUACAUGUUACUGUAACGACUUGGAACGAAAAAGGACUCUUCUCUUUUUUUAAGUAAUGCAAGCAGCAGUGAUGGAGGAAUCUAACGCAACUAACAUUGAGCAACAACCAAACGCCCUCAACAAUGGCCAGGAGCUGGUGUCGUCCAACGAGCAGCCAUCGUCGCCCACUCCGGUGGCCACGCCCACCAGUAGCUCCGGCACCGGCACUGGCAAUGCCACGCCCGCAUUUAGCUACGAUGAUCUAUUCCCGGCCCUGCCGACUAAUAACGCAAAUGCGGCGCUGGGUGGCAACGCUGGACCGGCAAUUGCACGUGUGACCAGCUCGCAGAAGACUCAGGUUCUGCAUGUGCCCAUGGAGGAGCGCAAGUCCACGGAGUCGGAGAAGUUUGGUGAGGGCGAAUCGAAGCGCAUUUGCCAGCAGAUCACGAAGGAGACGGGCGCUCAGAUUGAGAUUGUCAGUGGCAAGAAUCAAUCACUCACGUUUCUCAUUAAGGGCAAGCAGAGCGAGUUGCUCGAUGCGCGUCGCAAGAUCCUCAUGAGCUUCUCCACGCAGGCCAGCCGUCAGGUGAACAUACCACGUGAGCAUUAUCGCGUCAUUCUGGGCAAGCGUGGCGAACGAUUGCGUGAACUGGAGCGUCUCACCUCGACCCGCAUCAAUAUACCGCAUCAGAACGAUGAGAGCGAUGUGAUCACCAUUGCUGGCACCAAGGAGGGCAUUGAGCGUGCCGAGCAGGAGAUUCGUCAAUUGUCCGCCGAGCAGUACAAGAAGUCAUCGGAUCGCACGGCAGUGCCCAAGAUCUAUCAUCCGUUCAUUGUGGGUCCCUAUGGGGAGAAUCUGAAUAAGCUGCAGGAGGAGACGGGCGCCAAGAUCAAUGUGCCGCCGCAACAGGUGCAAAAGGAUGAGAUCAUCAUCUCUGGCGAAAAGGAUGCCGUGGCCGCAGCCAAGGCAAAGGUUGAGGCCAUCUACAAGGACAUGGAGAAGAAAUGCUCCACUGUGAGCGUUGAGGUGGCCAAGCCACAGCAUCGCUACGUCAUCGGCCCCAAGGGCUCCACCAUUGCUGAGAUCCUGCAGCUCACCGGUGUCUCCGUUGAGAUGCCACCCAAUGAUUCCACCUCCGAGACAAUAACGCUGCGUGGUCCACAGGUAGCCCUGGGCAAUGCCCUAACCGUUGUCUACCAGAAGGCCAAUUCGGUUAAAUCGGUGGAGAUCAAUGCGCCGCAUUGGAUACACAAGUAUGUGAUCGGUCGCAAGGGUGCCAACAUGAAGCAGCUCGAGGAGGAUUGCCCCAAUGUGAAUGUCAACUGUUUGGAGAACAAGAUAAAGCUGGAGGGUGAUCCCGAGAAUGUCGACCGGGCUGUCUCCUAUUUGAAUGAUAUCAUUCGCAACUAUGAGGAGAAUUUCACAUACGAGGUGAUGACUGUGAAUCCAUCGUAUUACAAGCAUAUUAUUGGCAAGGCGGGCGCCAAUGUGAAUCGCCUCAAGGAUGAGCUGAAGGUGAAUAUCAACAUUGAGGAGCGUGAGGGACAGAACAACAUACGCAUUGAGGGACCCAAGGAGGGAGUACGUCAGGCGCAGCUUGAGUUACAAGAGAAAAUCGAUAAACUGGAAAAUGAAAAGUCAAAGGAUGUGAUCAUUGAUCGUCGCCUGCAUCGUUCCAUCAUUGGUGCCAAGGGCGAGAAGAUACGUGAGGUGAAGGAUCGUUAUCGUCAGGUGACAAUCACGAUACCCACGCCCCAGGAGAACACCGACAUUGUUAAGCUGCGCGGCCCCAAGGAGGAUGUCGACAAGUGCCAUAAGGACCUACUUAAGCUUGUCAAGGAAAUCCAGGAGUCAUCGCACAUCAUCGAAGUGCCAAUAUUCAAGCAAUUCCACAAGUUUGUCAUCGGCAAAGGCGGUGCGAACAUUAAAAAGAUACGCGACGAGACCCAAACGAAAAUCGAUCUUCCCGCCGAGGGCGAUACCAACGAGGUGAUUGUCAUCACCGGCAAAAAGGAGAACGUCCUGGAGGCCAAGGAGCGCAUCCAAAAGAUUCAGAAUGAACUCUCCGACAUUGUCACCGAAGAGGUGCAAAUUUCACCAAAAUACUACAACUCCAUCAUUGGCACCGGCGGCAAACUCAUCUCAUCCAUCAUGGAGGAGUGCGGCGGCGUCACCAUCAAGUUCCCCAACAGCGAUUCCAAGAGCGAUAAGGUCACCAUUCGUGGUCCCAAGGAUGAUGUGGAGAAGGCCAAGGCUCAGUUGCUGGAGCUGGCCAAUGAGCGGCAGCAGGCCUCGUUCAGCGUUGAGGUGCGCGCCAAGCAGCAGCAUCACAAAUUCCUCAUUGGCAAGAAUGGUGCCUCGAUCCGGAAGAUUCGGGAUGCGACGGGCGCACGCAUCAUCUUCCCCUCGAACGAGGAUAGCGACAAGGAGGCCAUCAUUAUCAUUGGCAAGGAGGAGAGCGUGAACAAGGCCAAAGAGCAGCUGGAGGCAAUCAUCAAGGAGUGUGACGAGGUCACCGAGGGUGAAGUCACCGUUGAUCCCAAGCACCACAAGCACUUUGUGGCCAAGCGUGGCACCAUUUUGCAUCGCAUCUCGGAGGAGUGCGGCGGCGUGAUGAUUUCCUUCCCGCGUCCCGGCACCAACUCCGACAAGGUGACCAUCAAGGGCGCCAAGGAGUGCAUCGAGGCGGCCAAGCAGCGUAUUGAGGAAACUGUUGCCGAUCUGGAGGCACAGACAACCAUUGAGGUGAUCAUACCACAGCGGCAGCAUCGCACCAUUAUGGGUGCACGCGGUUUCAAGGUGCAGCAGGUGACCUCCGAGUUUGAUGUGCAAAUCAAAUUCCCUGAUCGUGAUGCCACCGAACCCGUCGAGGGACUCACCAAUGGUGUCAACGGUGAUGGUGACGCUGGCGUUGAAGGCGGCGAUGCUGAGCCCACCGCGGAGCCAGUGCGUCAAUGUGAUGUCAUUCGCAUCACUGGACGCAUUGAGAAGUGCAAUGCGGCUAAGCAAGCGCUGAUCGACCUAAUCCCCAUCGAGGAAGAGCUGAAUGUUCCUUUCGAUCUGCAUCGCACCAUCAUUGGUCCACGUGGCGCCAAUGUGCGUCAGUUCAUGUCCACGCACGAUGUGCACGUCGAGCUGCCGCCCAGCGACCUCAAGUCGGACAUCAUUAAGGUCUCGGGCACAGCGGCACGUGUUGCCGAAGCCAAGGAGGCGCUGGAGAAGAUGAUUGAGGACUAUGAGGCAGAUCGUGCUGAUCGUGAGCUGCGCUCAUUUGUACUCCAGAUUGAGGUCGAUCCAGAGUAUCACUCCAAGCUCAUUGGUCGCCAGGGCGCUGUCAUUAACAAGCUGCGUGCCGACUACGAUGUGAACAUCUCGUUGCCCAAACGCGAUGAUCCCAAUCAGCGCAUCAUUUCCAUUACCGGCUACCAAGCCAAGGCGGAGACUGCACGCGAUGCCAUUUUGGAGAUCGUGGGUGAAUUGCAGACACUGCAUCGCGAAGUCAUCGAGAUUGACACGCGCAUCCACUCGCACAUCAUUGGACAUCGUGGACGCACAAUUCGCAAGAUUCUUGACGAUUAUAAGGUGGACAUCAAGUUCCCAUCUGCGGAAGAAGCUCAAAACAAUGCCAAUGCUGUGACUAUCAUUGGCAAGGAGGAGGAUGUGGAGAAUGCCAAGGAAAUGCUAUUGAGCAUGGCCGAGGAUUAUGAACGCGAUUAUUUGGAGAAUUUGCCGCCAUCGCCGCAGCCACAAACGGUUGGCGCUUUUCUCACCGCCAGCUCCGGCUCUGGUGGUAGUGGUGGUGGUGGUGGUAGUGGUGGUAACAACACCAACGAGAAUGGUUUCAUCAUCAAGGAUGCACCGUGGGAGAAGAAGCAACAGGCUAAGAAUCUAACUGCGCCCAAUACUCAAUCGCAAGAAGAUUUCCCAAUGUUUGCUGCUGGCGGUGGUCCAGUUGCUGCCACGCCAAUCACCUCCGUGUGGGGACCGAAGAACUAAACGCAAUUAGUCCAAUCAGCAGCAACGUAAUGCGACGGGGAUUCGGGAAUCGGAACGGGCGAAUGGGCGGGCGGACGGGCAUUGAACAGCAGCAGCAGCAGGCGUGCUUGGGCGGACUUAAAGUCGAAAAACUAGUGUCAAAAUAUGGUACAGGUUGUCUCUCUCUCUCAGUCUCACUCUCUCCCUCUCUAUCCUUCACUCCUAGGAGCUUUUCUACAAUGCAAUUUGUGCAGGUUUAACACAAUGAUAUACAUAAUUCAAAAACCAAAACUAACGACAACAAAUGUGAAACUAUUUUUGUAUAAUUUGAUA